GCUUCCAAGCGCUAGUCUCAUCCCAAAGAUUCCGAUCAGCUCCAGUUCCAGCUCCAGCUCCAGCUUCAGCUUCAGCUCCACAAGUGGAAUAUGUUCAAGUUACUCGGCUUGACGCUGCUCAUGGCGAUGGUGGUCCUUGGGCGACCGGAGCCACCAGUUAACUCCUAUCUACCUCCGUCCGAUAGCUAUGGAGCACCGGGUCAAAGUGGUCCCGGCGGCAGGCCAUCGGAUUCCUAUGGCGCUCCUGGUGGUGGCAGCAACGGCGGCAGACCCUCUGACAGCUAUGGCGCUCCAGGCGUGGGCCAGGGUCAAGGACAGGGACAAGGACAAGGUGGAUUCGGUGGCAAGCCCUCGGAUUCCUAUGGUGCUCCUGGUGGUGGAAAUGGCAACGGAGGUCGCCCAUCGAGCAGCUAUGGCGCUCCUGGUGGUGGAAACGGCGGUCGUCCUUCGGAUACCUAUGGUGCUCCUGGUGGCGGCAGCGGUGGACGCCCAUCGGACAGCUAUGGUGCUCCUGGUGGUGGAAAUGGCAACGGCGGUCGUCCUUCGAGCAGCUAUGGAGCACCUGGCCAAGGACAAGGCAACGGAAAUGGCGGUCGUCCUUCGGGCAGCUAUGGUGCUCCUGGUGGUGGAAGCGGUGGUCGUCCUUCGGACACUUACGGCGCUCCUGGUAGCGGAAAUGGCGGUCGUCCUUCAAGCAGCUAUGGCGCUCCUGGUGGUGGAAACGGCAACGGAGGUCGCCCAUCGGACAGCUAUGGUGCUCCGGGUGGUGGAAAUGGAAACGGUAACGGUAACGGCAGCGGUGGUCGUCCUUCAAGCAGCUAUGGAGCUCCUGGUCAGGGACAAGGUGGAUUUGGUGGUCGCCCUUCGGACUCCUACGGUGCUCCUGGUCAGAACCAAAAGCCUUCGGACACAUAUGGCGCCCCUGGAAACGGCAACGGUAAUGGCAACGGCGGACGUCCUUCGAGCAGCUACGGAGCUCCAGGCUCAGGACCUGGUGGCCGACCCUCCGACUCCUACGGACCCCCAGCCUCUGGAUCGGGAGCAGGUGGCGCCGGAGGAGGCAGUGGACCCGGCGGCGCUGACUACGACAAUGAUGAGCCCGCCAAGUACGAAUUUAAUUACCAGGUUGAGGACGCGCCCAGCGGACUCUCGUUCGGGCAUUCAGAGAUGCGCGACGGUGACUUCACCACCGGCCAGUACAAUGUCCUGUUGCCCGACGGAAGGAAGCAAAUCGUGGAGUACGAGGCCGACCAGCAGGGCUACCGGCCACAGAUCCGGUACGAAGGCGAUGCCAACGAUGGCAGUGGUCCCAGCGGUCCCAGCGGUCCUGGCGGUGCUGGUGGUCCCGGUGGUCAGAAUCUGGGUGCCGAUGGCUACUCCAGUGGACGUCCCGGCAAUGGCAAUGGCAACGGAAAUGGCGGUUACCCGGGUGGUCGCCCAGGAGGUCAGGAUUUGGGACCCAGUGGAUACUCCGGCGGUCGUCCAGGCGGUCAGGAUCUGGGACCCGGUGGCUACUCCAAUGGAAGGCCAGGCGGUCAAGACUUGGGACCAAGCGGUUAUUCCGGUGGUCGCCCUGGCGGCCAGGAUUUGGGACCUAAUGGAUAUUCCGGUGGUCGCCCAGGCGGUCAGGAUCUGGGACCCGGUGGCUACUCCAAUGGCAGACCAGGCGGCAAUGGCAAUGGCAACGGCAAUGGUGGAUCCGAUGGCGGACGUGUGAUCAUCGGUGGACGUGUGAUAGGCGGCCAGGAUGGCGGUGAUCAGGGCUACUCCGGCGGGCGUCCCGGUGGUCAGGAUCUGGGCCGUGAUGGCUACUCCGGCGGUCGUCCAGGCGGCCGGCCGGGCGCCAAUGGCCAGGACAACCAGGAUGGCCAGGGAUACUCGAGCGGCAGGCCGGGCCCAGGGGGUCGCAAUGGCUUCGGACCCGGUGGUCAGAACGGCGACAACGAUGGCAGCGGUUAUCGGUACUAGGAACGACUCACAGACACAUUUAGCUAGAUCCCCCGAACAUAUAGCAAUACCUAGUGUUAAGUCCUUCUAGAACUAUGGCCUCUACCUGUCCCAUCUCAUCCUUCCACAUCUACUCGUGCCCAUUCUAUCCCACUUCUUGCUAUCUUCCCUCCAUCCAUUCAGUCUGCUCACUUCCUCGUAGUCGUAAGUCCCUGUUGAUCUAAAUGCAAGUGCGAAAAA